AUGGCUGAGAAGCUGGUGCCCGGGGACCUGUUCCUGAGGAAGACCCGGGAAUCAGUGUCAUCCCUGGAUUCGGACAAGCUGGCACCCAUCUCGCCUGAGGCGGGCGGCGAGGAGUCAUCUGACAGCGAGGGCGAGCAGGACAGUUCCCACAAGCUCAUCCGGAAGGUGUCCACCUCGGGGCAGAUGAGGAGCAAGAAGAGUGUAAAGGAAGGGCUGUUGCUGAAGCAGACGAGCUCCUUCCAGAGGUGGAAGAGGCGAUACUUCAAGCUGCGGGGCAGGACACUCUAUUAUGCCAAGGAUGCCAAGUCCCUGAUCUUCGACGAGGUGGACCUGUCUGAUGCCAGCGUGGCUGAGACCAGCACCAAGAACAUCAACAACAGUUUCACGGUGAUCACGCCAUUCCGGAAGCUCAUCCUAUGUGCGGAGAACCGGAAGGAGAUGGAGGACUGGAUCAGUGCCCUGAAAUCUGUCCAGAAGUGGGAGAUCCAUGAGGUGACAUGGGCGGGGGGUGCUCAUCUGCGAAGGUUGGGGACCAGGGCUGCGCAUCCUGCGGGGACCGUCCCUGCUCCUCACGUGCUCCCCCCCUGCGCAGUCUGCAAGUUCAAGGCACACAAGCGCUGCGCCGUCAGAGCCACCAACAACUGCAAGUGGACAACCCUGGCCUCCAUCGGCACCGAAAUCAUUGAGGAUGAGGAUGGGGUGGCCAUGCCCCACCAGUGGCUGGAGGGGAACCUGCCCGUCAGUGCGCGCUGCGCCGUCUGCGACCGGACCUGUGGCAGUGUCCGGAGGCUGCAGGACUGGCGGUGUCUCUGGUGCAAGGCCAUCGUUCACAGUGCCUGCAAGGAGCUCUUUGGCAAGAGGUGCCCCCUGGGCCAGUACAAAGUGUCCAUCAUCCCGCCGACUGCCUUGAACAGCAUUGAUUCAGAUGGCUUCUGGCAGGCCACCUGCCCCUCGACCUGCUCCAGCCCUCGCCUGGCCUUUGUCAACUCCAAGAGCGGGGACAACCAGGGCGUCAAGUUUCUGCGCAAGUUCAAGCAGUUCCUCAACCCGGCCCAAGUCUUUGACCUCAUGAAUGGGGGCCCACACCUGGGGCUGCGCCUCUUCCAGAAGUUCUCCACCUUCCGGAUCCUAGUGUGCGGGGGGGAUGGCAGUGUGGGCUGGGUGCUCUCCGAGAUUGACACCCUUGGUCUCCACAAGCAAUGCCAGCUGGGCGUCCUGCCCCUGGGGACCGGCAAUGACCUGGCACGGGUGCUGGGCUGGGGCAGCCUGUGUGAUGAUGACACCCAGCUGCUGCAGAUCCUGGAGAAGCUAGAAAGGGCCACCACCAAGAUGCUGGAUCGGUGGAGCGUGCUGACCUACGAGGCCCCCAAGCAGUCCCCCCCGGCCCUGAAAGAGGAGGAGAACGGGGACUCCAACAUCCAGGCCCAGAUCUCCCACUACGCCGACUCUGUUGCCUUGCACCUGGCCAAGAUCCUGGAGUCAGACAAGCACUCGGUGGUGAUCUCAUCUGCAAAGUUCCUCUGUGGCACUGUCAAUGACUUUGUGGCUGAAGUCGGCCGGGCUUACAAGAGGGCAACGGAGAACAAGCAGGAGGCCGAGAUGAUGGCACGAAAGUGCGCCAUGCUGAACGAGAAGCUGGACUCACUGGUGCGGGAGCUGAACGAGGAGGCUCAGGCCAUCGUGGUCCCUGAGGGAAUGGCGCAGGCCACCCCUGCCGACAUCAAGGACCAGGAGAAAGGUGGCAGCUUCAACCCCAGCCCUGUGCCUCGCAUCUUCAAAUCCAAGGAGCAGCUCAUGCUGCGGGCGAACAGCCUGAAGAAAGCCCUGCGGCAAAUCAUUGAGCAGGCAGAGAAAGCUGUGGAUGAGCAGAACAAGCAGACCCAAGCCUACCGGGGCAGCGCGGGCCCCAGCAGGAAGGACAGCUCAGAGGAACUCAGCAAGGAGGAGGAGAGGCUCAGCUCCCGGCGGGAGACGGUGACCUCCGCAUCUUCCUCCAUCAUCCUGGACCGGCCGGACACCUUUGGCAGCUUGCAGUUCCCCGAAGACCCCAGCACCCUCCACUUCUCGGAGAAAUGCGUCAUGAAUAACUACUUCGGCAUCGGCCUGGAUGCAAAGAUCUCCCUGGAGUUCAACAAUAAACGGGAUGAACACCCCAAGAAGUGCAGCAGCCGCACCAAGAACAUGAUGUGGUAUGGGGUGCUGGGCACGAAGGAGCUCUUGCAGCGUACCUACAAGAACCUGGAGCAGCGGGUGCAGCUGGAGUGUGAUGGGGUGCCCAUCUCGCUGCCCAGCCUGCAGGGCAUCGCUGUCCUCAACAUCCCCAGCUACGCCGGGGGCAUCAACUUCUGGGGAGGCACCAAGGAAGACAAUAACUUUGGGGCUCCAUCCUUUGAUGACAAGAAGCUGGAGGUGGUGGCUGUCUUCGGCAGCAUCCAGAUGGCCGUGUCACGGGUCAUCAACCUCCAGCACCAUCGCAUCGCGCAGUGCCGCGUGGUGAAGAUCACCAUCCGGGGGGAUGAGGGCGUUCCUGUGCAGGUGGACGGAGAAGCCUGGAUCCAGCCGCCCGGCAUCAUCAAGAUCCAGCACAAGAACCGAGCCCAGAUGCUGACAAGGGACCGGGUGAGCUUGGGGGUUGCACAGCUCGCAGCGGGGCUGUGCUGGGGCAUGGGGAGGUGUGACAGGCUGAGGGGGCCAUCUCCGUCCCCGCAGGCAUUUGAAAGCACCCUCAAGUCCUGGGAGGACAAGCAGAAGGGGGAGAGCUACCGAGCAGCCACCCGGCCGCGGCUCAGCUCCCAGCAGUCCAUGGAGUACCUGACUGAGGAGGAGAGCAGCCUCUUGCAGCAGGUCUCGCAGGUUGCUGAGACUCUCAUUGCCAGGAUCCAUGAGGCAGCCAAGGCUCACAAAGCUGUGGAGCAGGAGCUGGCACACGCUGUCAACACCAGCUCCCUGGCGCUGAGUGAAGCCCUCUCUAACAAAGCCACUGGCACCUCGGAGCACCUCUGGGGUGGCAGCAGGGCUGGGGAUGGUCCCUGUCCCCCACAGCUGGACUCACCGCAGGAGGAGGAAGCGCUGCAUGGUCCCCUGAGUGUGCUGGGCCAGGAGCUGCAGAGGCUGCUGGACAUUCACUGGCUGGGUCCCAUUGUCCACCCUACUGAGGAGGAAAGCACUGGUAGCGCCAACAAGGGCAGCUUCAAGCUUCGCCUCAACAUCCCCAAGCCCAGGAAGGACAAGGACAAAGUGCAAAAGCAGAAGACCAACAGUGCGCUCCCAGCAGACAAGUGGGGCUCCGAGGAGGUGGCAGCUUGGCUGGAAGCGCUCGGUUUAGGGGAGUACAGAGACAUUUUUGUCCGGCAUGACAUCCAGGGCUCUGAGUUGAUCCUGCUGGAGAGGAGAGACCUGAAGGUACAAUCCCCCUUGUACCCCCCUGAGGGACCCCCAGCCCUGAGGAGCAUGGACCUGGGGAUCACCAAAGUGGGCCACAUGAAGAGAGUCCUCCAGGCCAUUAAGGAGCUCAGCAACCCACCCUAG